CGUCUGUCUUCGUGCGCCCAGUGGCCGCAGCUCCCCGAGAGGCUCGCAACGGCGCCCGUACGAUCACAUCAGAAAAUGCGCCGUCAGAGGCAGCCUGAACACGUAAAUGGUCGCCAGUGAAAGCCAGAGCCAUGAUUGCACGCCACACCCGAGGGGAGAGCAAAGGCAGCCGCUCGGGAGACCGGGGAUCUUGCAGCCCUCCUGCAUCUUCUGCAGCAUGCGCUUUUUAAAGCGGCGUUGACAGUGUAUAAGAGCAGCGAUGGAGACGCGUCGUGACUCGGAGGACAUGCUGGCCAAGGUGACCCAGCUCUGGACAAUGCUGGACGACAUGGCCGAGAGCAAUCCGGAAGGCUACCGCCAGUUCAUGCGGGAGCAGCUGAAGGACGUAAAGCAGUAUUAUGCACCCCCGGAGCCGUUCCUCUGCCUGGAGGCUCGCAUCGUGGAUCCUACUGAAAAAUUAUUGUUCGUUAACAUCUGUAGUUGGAGUAAGGUCCCAGCACCCCAGUCACCAUCUGAGCCUGUGCCAUUAAGUGCAGGCAAAAUGGAGGAGGUGUCUGAUGAAUCAGAGGUCUACAGUGUCCUUGAUAUUGCAUACAAUCCAUCUGUUCUUGAAAGGGGAAAGGAUGAUCCAGUAGAAAAGGACCAGUUGAUAUGUCUGUCACUCAAAUACAUUGAGGAACAUUACGACGUUACUCUGUCCCACUCCUACAGCAGUGCAAACUUUAAACUGAAAGGAAAGCUUGAAAGGAUGAGGCAGAGCUUCAGAAGAGAGCAGGCACCUGUGCUUUCAUCCCAGGGAAGCACAAAUAAAGUACUAUGGAAAGAAGCAACACCUGGUCAGUCAAGGAACCUUAUAGCCAAGGAAGAGAGUAGUGAGCUUACUCUGCUGCUGAAGGACGUCGCCCCUUCCAAACCGUGCAUCAUCGAAGAGAUUUCCAGUACGGAGGCACCAGAGGAGUUGCGCACACCAGCCUAUGCAGUCUCCACAAGGAAGGAUGCAGAUGGGAACGCUCUACAGAUUGAGCUGAGAGUUGAAUUGCCGGAGGUUCACUGCAUCUCCGAGUGUAACUUGAGUGUUUCUAAGGAUGACAUCUUGAUUGAAUGCCCUGACAAAUACAGAUUGCAGCUGGAUCUGCCGCAGCCUGUGAAUGAAGAAGCUACAGCAGCAACAUUUUACAAGAGGAAGGGAGUCUUGCAUGUCACAAUGCCCGUGUGGCGCUCAAAGUGAUACGAGCAAAGCUUGCCUGAGUUCUAUAUUUAUAAUACGCUCACCAGCACAUCUAAAGAUUUUGUACUUGGUUAAUAUUAAGUGUGCUGGCUGCUUGCCUGUGUUUUACUUUUCUGUGCCUUGGGAUUAGAAUCCUAGAUGCCCUUUGGACAGGCAGCUGCUGACAUAAAAUAGAAUAUGUUCCUACGUACAGAACUGAAAUACGACACUGACAGAAAGUGUUUCAGUACUUUAAAUUUUGCUCUUAUUGCAUGGAGUUUCCACUAUUUAUGAAAACUCUAAGCAACCAUCCAAUUGAUAAAACUUUAUAAAGCAUUAAUUUCA